CUCUAACGGUCAUCUUUUCGCCGUUCCAAUUCCUAUAAAACCUUUAUCCCAUACCCGUUUAAACAUCUCUGUUAUACUCUCUCUCUCUCUGAUCAUCUCCGGCUACCAGAAAAUUGAAUUUUUCCGGCAACUCGUUUCACUAAAAAACCCCUUAUUUCUUGAUCGGAAAUUUGCAAUGGAGACCCCAUCAUCAACCAGGAGAUUAACCAGAUCACAGGCAAUGGCUGCCGCCGCUGCAAACACCACCACCUUCGCUUCAAAGAAAUUUGAAGAAUCUGAAAAGAAAGCAGCAUUGAAAUCAAGAAACGGGAACGAGCAAGAAAGAUCGGCGCUUUUUGAUAUCACGAACGAUUCGCCCAUAGUCGGGGUCGCAAUGGGGAGUUUGGAGACUCCUUCAUCGGCCAUGUCCAAGAAGAGGGCGAUCAUGAAUGCGGUGUCAAAGCAGUUAAAAACCCCUGGUUCUGGAGAGGCGUUGUUGAGGGGUCAAGUGAAGACAUUGUUGCAGAAGGUUGAAGAAGAAGCAGAGCUCUCAAAGCUGUCGGUAGAGUACAGGCCUUUCCUUCAUCUAAAAGGCAUUGUUAACAACUCUCCGACGGGGCUUUUUGCCCCAACUCCGGCCAACACUCCUCAUCUCAGCCUCUCUGGGAAUAAUGGGUUGCCUUCUUCAGUCGUCACUGCAUCUCCAGUUGAAGAAAAGUUUCUGAUCCCUCAGAUGGUUGAUGGGAUUUGUGAUUGGAAGAAAGAAGGAGAAGAAAUGGAAUGCAUGGUUACAAGGACACUGUUCUUGGAUUUUAGUGAGAAAUUGGAGAGUGAAAACAAGGAGAAGACAAGACCGGGUGCAGAUGAUGAUGACGAUGAUUCAUCCGUAUGGUCGAUUCAGGUGAAUGCUUCAAGCAUAAGAGACGAAGAAGAUUAUGAGGACGAAGAAGAAGAAGAGGAAUGUGAUGAGUACUAUGAUGAGGAAGAUGAAGAAGAAGAAGAGAUAUGUGAUGGAGAAUUGGUGGAUGAGAUAUGUGAAGGAAUAAGCAAAAUGAGUGUGAAGUUCAGCGGGAAGCACACACGAUUUGUGUACAACAGCGAUGGUGAGCUUGAAGGAGUGGUGGUGGAGGAGAAAUCAGCCGCUGCUUCCCUUUGCAUUUAAAGGCCAAACUGGAACCUGGAAGAAAACUUCUUAGCUUGUGUGUUUUUUGGUUGUCGUUAGCUAUAUUACUUUCUUACAUACAUCAACACCUCACCUCUCUUAAGGUGUCUUUUUUGUUGUUGGUUUCUGUAAUCGCACUUCACUUCCAUUUU